AUGACCUCCUACUACGACGUCGAUGCCAUCCUCACAGACGCCCAAAAGGUGCCCUGUACCUUUGAGCUCACCGUCCCUGGUCUCGGCUACCUCGAAGGCAACAUGACGGGCGACAUCAAACAAGGCUCCAAGCUUGAGCUCCCACUCUGGCUCGGCGAGAUGCUCGCCCUAAGUCACACCCUCAACACCUCCGCCUUCCUCACCCUCGAUCCACCCGCUGCACUAGCCCCACGCGUCAUGAACGCGCUCAAAGCAGACCCCCGCACCGUCGACCUGCGGGCCCUGGCUCCCCAUUUCUACAAUCUUGGCGCCAGAAUACUCGAGUUGUUUGAGGAUGAAGAAAUGAUGGAAGUCCUCAGUCAUACAUUCAAGUCAAGAGCAGCAGUCAUAGCCGAUCAGGCUCAUAAUCCUAGAGGCGCACUGGGUGAAGGUGCCGACUUCAUGCAAGGCCUAGACGAGAAUGAGCGACAGUUGUUUCGAGCCGCACAUGACAGUGCCAAAGGCGUGCGGAUGUGGAUGGCAGAUCUCAAAAAGAACUAA